CUUUUACAGAUUGAAUAUAAACAUCACUCCCCGUUGCUAAAAGAAAAGAAUAUAAACAUCACUCCCUCUCUUCUCACUCACACAAUAUUUUUACAUAUAUAUAUUUAUAUGUCCCCGUAUGAUUUCAAUAGCUGUAUCAACCUUCUCUCUUUGAAACACUAAACCUCUCUCUCUCUCUCUCUCUCUCUUUUUAGUACCAUGUCGAGUAAACGAACUAGGAUGGUCGAGAAAAGUAACAACAAGAGACAGCGAGUGGACCUCGUUUCCGAGUUCUCCAUCAACGACCACCAUGACGUGCUAGUAGAAAUCCUACGGCGACUAGACGGCCCUUCUCUAUGUUCAGCCGCUUGCGUGUGCCGUCUUUGGUCGGCUGUGGCUCGUAACGACUCAAUAUGGGAAGAGCUUUGUUUCCGGCAAGUGUCACCACGACCUUCACUUUCCAUACGCUCCAUUGUGUCGGCUCUCGGUGGCUACCGACGUCUCUACUUCCUUUGCAUCCGUCCCGUCCUUGAACGACUCCCCAAGAUUAUUUGGAGCCGAGACCAGCUUCAGCUCUCGCUCUCUCUUUACUGUGUCCACUAUUACGAGCGACUUUACGUCGGUGCGUGGCUUGGAGACGCGCCACCUUCUUCGCUCAUGUUCCUCCGGAAGCCCGUCAACGUCGUCUGAUAAGUCUUCUUGCCGGAACGGCCUAUAAUAAAUUAUUAGUUUCGAAGACUGUAUUCUUUAUCAUAUUCUUAUUAUUAUUAUCUGCUCGGAUUUGUUAUGAAAUCAUUUCCUUUUAUCACCUUCAUUACAAGAUUUUGAUUAAUAAACGAGGGAUCUUCUCCUUUUUUUUUCUCA